AUGAAAUUCCAAUUAUUUUUGACUGUUCUGUGUGCCAUUAUCUUUAGUGUAAUGGGUCAAUUCGGAUAUUCGGGACAACAACAAGGUAAUCUUGGUUAUGGUGGCGGUGGUCAAUCAGGUGCACAAACUGGACUUGGCUUGAACACUCCGCUUGGUGGUGCAAGCAGCAACACGGGACUUGGCCUUGGAAGAAAGAGACGAUUUGCCCUUCACCAUUAA